CACACAGGUGAGAAGCCCUUCUCCUGUCAGACCUGUGGAAAAAGUUUUAGCCAAAAAAGCAAUUUAGUCACUCACAUGAAAACUCACACAGGAGAGAAGCCCUUCUCCUGUCAGACCUGUGGAAAAAGUUUUAUUCAUAAAAAUAGUUUAAAAUCCCACAUGAGAACUCACACAGGUGAGAAACCCUUCUCUUGUCAGACCUGUGGAAAAAGUUUUUUCCUUAAAACCUGUUUAAAAUCCCACAUGAGUUGUCACACAGGUGAGAAACCCUUCUCUUGUCAGACCUGUGGAAAAAGUUUUUUCCUUAAAACCUGUUUAAAAUCCCACAUGAGUUGUCACACAGGUGAGAAACCCUUCUCUUGUCAGACCUGUGGAAAA